GGAUGCGUCUUGGAUCUGGUUGCCAAUAAGGACACACAUCUGAAUGUGAAUAUUGGCAUCAAAUACUCUAAUUCUGAGUGUUUAGCCACUCAUAAUAUGUUACCGUUCACGUACAGUCUUGGCGAAGGUGAAUUUGAAGCUCUCAAGGAUGGCAAGGAUAAAGCUCGUAAAGGCAAUGAAAGUGACUGCAGGGAUGCAAUUGAAUGCUCGAAACGUAAUGGCCCCUACUGCUUGAAGGUUGCUGACUUUAUGGUGGGAUUUGCCAGAGACGGAGAAUAUUUGAUGCCCAUGUUGACGCUAGUUGACGAGCCUGUGGUAUGGACCAUCACUUUGGACGGCGGCAAAACUCAUGACGGCAAAAAGGACAAGAAGCUCUUCAAAAUUGAUACGUUGUUUGCAGACUUUAAUCUCAGGCUCGACAUCGGAAACGAAACAAAGACCUGGAUGACGGAUAUCGGCGACAUAUGGUUGGACUUUUGGGAGGGCCACCCAGUCUGCUUCAACAAAACGAACAAAAAAUAUCUUCGGGACAUCAAACAGUGGGAGAUCACCGAUGAGAGCCACACAGACAAGGAAUUCAAAUAUCUCUUCACCUUCUACUUGCUACCACAGAAAGCGGCACGGAGUAGAACGGAAGAUCGAAAGACCCUUAAGGAUGAAAUGCUGGAUGGACCAAACUGUGACUUUUUGUACGUUAAAUUGAAUACGAAACACUUCAAAUUGCUCGUUCCUACAGAAAAGCCGACCGAACCUCCAAUAGUCUAUAGUAGUAGACGUGAAACAAGAAUGAUAGUAGACAUGAAAAAAACAAGGAAGCCGAAAAGGACAACAGAAACACCAGAAGAAGAAGAAGAAGAGGAAGAAGAACCUUCCCCAGCUUCAAGUUCGAAUGUGGUCGUUGUCGUCAUUAUCACUGUCGUCGUCUUUUUGAUUGUUCUCAGCAUCAUUGGCUGUCUUCUCUGGUUCUUGGUAUUCCGCAAAAAAGAAGAAAAGAAGGAAGAGGAACAACAACCAGUAGAAGUUGACUAUUUUGGAACGACGGUGGGAACUACUGGCGCUAAGGGGACUGCAACGAAGACAAAGACUGGGAAAAGUGCUGUGAGUGGUACACAAAUAAAGAGCGGAAUGUCGGCUUCUGGAGGGGGGACGACUGUUGGUGGCACUCAAAUCCUUUCCUACAACGACAAAUCUUCAAUGGGCUUCGAUACGAGUAAAAACGAGACUUGAACGGGCAGAAAGGAAGGAAGAGGAAGAACUGAAGUGUGAAUAAUAAGAGAAGAAUAAAUGUUGUGUGUGAUACUCUAAUUCUAAAAUUCACCCUUAUCCCUAACUAUAUAUAAACUUGUUUGUAAGCCCCCUAACUAUAUUUACCCUUUUCGAGUAUUAUAUUCAUUUGUUUGUGUCAUAAUUUUUGUUGUAUUGUAUUUGUAUGGUGUUGUAUAUUAUUUAUAUUUGGUGUAAUAAAAUUGUAUGUUUAAUUGAAUAUGUGACUCGAUUAAGUUGCCUAUUAGGUUAUGGAAAAUUUUUUGAUUUUUAUUUUUCACUAAAA